CCUCUCCACAAUCAUGUACCAGCUGGCCUCCUGCUGCUUGCUCUUUAUAGGAUUCUUAAAUCCUCUCGUAUCUCUUCCUGUCACUGACUCCAGGGACAUGUCUCUCCAGCUCCCAGCACCUGAAGACGACGCGAGGCUGGCCCUGGAGGAGCUGGAAAGAGCCUCUAUCCUAAAGCUGCUGCCAGAGGUGCUGGGUGCGGGCAGAGGCGACGGGCUGCUGGGUGCGGAGAGAGGCRACGGGCUCUGGGAAGCAGGUCAGCUGAGUCCCUGCUUACAGAGGUGUUCUGGAUUGUUCUGGUUUCAGGCUUUCCCUGAAGAGGGUCCUAACGUUUUUCUGAGUCAGCUCUUGGCCAGACCCAGGAAACAGCACAAGCAGCACGGGCCCCCCCUGGAGUGUUUCUGGAAGUACUGCGUCUGAGGCGAGAGGGACCCGGCUCAGUGUGGACAGUCGGACACAGGACACCUGACCAGAAGCACUGAAGAAAAACGAGGCCACCACCCAGUUCACCCUUGGGAAACACGCUCUAGUCCACAAGAUCACGAGUGGUUAGUUCACUUGUAAGCAUG